GGUGGUGUUGGACUUUAAACGGGUGGAAGGACAGACUUGAGGAAACAAUAAUUUUCUUCCUGGAAAGCACAGCAAAACACUUGAAAUGGCAAAAUUCUUUACACCAGCUCAAAUCAAUGAAUUCAAAGAGUGCUUCUCGUUGUAUGACAAGAAACAAAAGGGAAGUAUUGAAGUCAAUGACCUGAUCACAGUUAUGCGCUGCCUUGGUACAAGCCCCACAAUUGGAGAAAUUGAAAGACAUCUUCAAGUUCACAAAAUUGAAAAGUCAGGGAGCUUAGACUUCUCUACAUUCCUGACCAUGAUGCACCGGCAAAUGCAACAGGAAGACCCAAAGACAGAAAUUCUUGAAGCCUUCAGGAUGACUGACAAACAGAAGAAAGGAUACAUUCAAGCCUCAGAGUUGAGAGCUAAGCUCACCAUGUUGGGAGAGAAACUUACUGCCAAAGAAGUGGACGAGCUGUUCCAGGAAGCAAGCAUCACCUCAAGUGGAAUUGUGAACUAUGAAGACUUCACUGAAAUGGUGACUUUACCACCUGUUGAUUACUAAGUUGAGUCAUGGGGAGUUGACUCAUGUCCAUAUUUCAUUUGAACUAUUUCGUCAUGUUUUCAACAACUUGACCGAACAAAUAUAAAUCUUUCCCUUGUGGUGCAAUUAAAGGAGUCAAUGCAAAAUAUACUGUAUAAAUAUGAAUUAUUAUUAAAUGAGGGAAUGGUUGCUCUACAUCAAGGGUGUCCAAACUUUUUGCAAAGGGGCCAGAUUUGGUGUGGUAAAAAUGUGGGGGGCUGACCUUGGCUGACGUCCUUUACGUAGAACAAUAUAUUUAAGCAAAUUUU